AGCCGGGGGAGGGACGCGGAGACGCCAUUUUCGGCGGCGGGAGCAGCGGAGUCGGAGCCGGCUGGGCGGCGGCUGCGAGGAGGAGCCGCGGGGCACAGCGCGCGUGGGCGGCCGAGCAUGCUGCGGGGCGGCCCCGGCGCCCCUCGCUUGUGACCGCGGCGCCGCACCUGAGGCGGCCGAGGCGAUAGCCCCGGCGGUCCCGCUCGGCGCACGCGCCCGCGGCCUCCCGGUGCUGACAGCGCGAGCGCGCGGCCCCGCGGGAGCAGCACGAAUGUAUGACAACAUGUCCACAAUGGUGUACAUAAAGGAAGACAAGUUGGAGAAGCUGACACAGGAUGAAAUUAUUUCUAAGACAAAGCAAGUAAUUCAGGGCCUGGAGGCUCUGAAGAAUGAGCACAAUUCCAUUUUACAAAGUUUACUGGAGACACUGAAGUGUUUGAAGAAAGAUGACGAAAGUAAUCUGGUGGAAGAGAAAUCAAACAUGAUCCGAAAGUCACUGGAAAUGUUGGAGCUUGGCCUGAGUGAGGCACAGGUUAUGAUGGCUCUGUCAAAUCACCUGAAUGCCGUCGAGUCGGAGAAGCAGAAGCUGCGUGCACAGGUUCGUCGUCUGUGCCAGGAGAAUCAGUGGCUGCGGGAUGAAUUGGCCAACACGCAGCAGAAAUUGCAGAAGAGUGAGCAGUCUGUGGCUCAACUGGAGGAAGAAAAGAAGCAUCUGGAAUUCAUGAAUCAGCUAAAAAAAUACGAUGAUGACAUUUCUCCAUCAGAGGACAAAGACACCGAUUCCACCAAAGAACCUCUGGAUGACCUCUUCCCAAAUGAUGAUGAUGACCCCGGUCAAGGAAUGCAGCAGCAGCAGAGCAGCGCCGCGGCGGCCGCCCAGCAGGGUGGCUACGAGAUCCCCGCGCGGCUGCGCACCCUGCACAACCUGGUCAUCCAGUACGCCUCGCAGGGGCGCUACGAGGUCGCCGUGCCCCUCUGCAAGCAGGCCCUGGAGGACCUGGAGAAGACCUCUGGCCAUGACCACCCGGAUGUGGCCACCAUGCUGAACAUCUUGGCCUUGGUGUACAGAGACCAGAAUAAAUACAAAGAUGCAGCUAAUCUACUGAAUGAUGCCUUGGCCAUCCGUGAAAAAACUUUGGGCAAAGAUCAUCCUGCGGUGGCAGCAACUCUGAAUAACCUCGCAGUGCUUUACGGCAAAAGAGGAAAGUACAAAGAAGCUGAGCCGCUGUGUAAACGAGCUCUGGAGAUCAGAGAAAAGGUUUUGGGAAAGGAUCACCCUGAUGUUGCCAAGCAGUUAAAUAACCUGGCCUUACUGUGCCAGAACCAGGGCAAGUACGAGGAAGUGGAGUAUUACUACCAGAGAGCCCUCGAGAUCUACCAGACGAAGCUGGGGCCCGAUGACCCCAACGUGGCCAAAACGAAAAACAACCUGGCAUCCUGCUAUCUGAAGCAAGGAAAAUUCAAGCAAGCAGAAACACUGUACAAAGAGAUUCUCACUCGCGCACAUGAAAGGGAGUUUGGUUCUGUAGAUGAUGAAAAUAAACCCAUUUGGAUGCAUGCUGAGGAAAGAGAAGAAUGCAAAGGAAAGCAAAAGGAUGGGACUUCUUUUGGAGAGUAUGGUGGCUGGUACAAAGCCUGCAAAGUUGACAGUCCAACUGUUACAACUACUUUAAAAAACCUUGGGGCACUUUACAGACGUCAAGGCAAAUUUGAAGCUGCAGAAACAUUGGAAGAAGCAGCCAUGAGGUCACGUAAACAGGGUCUUGACAAUGCUCACAAACAGAGGGUAGCUGAAGUGCUGAAUGACCCUGAGAACACGGAGAAGCGGAGAAGCCGCGAGAGCCUCAGCGUGGAUGUGGUCAAGUACGAGAGCGGCCCUGACGGAGGGGAGGAAGUGAGUAUGAGCGUAGAGUGGAACGGGGAUGGCACUGGAUCUUUAAAACGCAGUGGUUCCUUUAGCAAACUCCGGGCUUCAAUUAGACGCAGCAGUGAGAAGCUGGUUAGGAAGCUGAAGGGAGGAGGUUCACGAGACAGUGAGCCAAAGGACCCUGGCAUGAAGCGUGCCAGUUCUCUGAAUGUCCUUAACGUGGGUGGCACGGCGGCCGAAGACCAUUUCCAAGAACGACAUAAUUGUCUGGCCGACUCCAGAGCUCUGAGCGCCAGCCACGCCGACCUGGCCCCCACGGGUCGAGGUAGAGCUAGAUUAACCCCCAAGGCUAACGAGCGCUGAGAUCCCCACAGCGUGGCCAGGCCCCUCCCCCUGCAGGGCGGCCCUGGGGUCGCCGCCUCUCCUGGAUGGUGACCUCCACCACCUGCUGGAGGUUGGCCCCGAAUUCUGUUAGGCGGUCUGCAGCCCUAGUGCCCGAGAGCUGCCAAAGCCCGGCGGUGGGACCCGGCCAGGUGUGGAGCUGGCUCAGCGCGCUCGGGGUCGGCCGCCGCUCGUGGACACCGGCCCCAGCACCGAAACCUGCUUUCAAUUGUAAUAUACUGUGUUAAGGCUGUUCAUUAAGACUGGAACCUUAAACUGCAUCCUUUGAGACUAGGAAUCCAGUGACCUGUGGCAGCGAUGCUGGGAUUAGGGAGCGGGGGAGACGGGGUAGUUGCGGGGAGGCCUGCACCCGCUCCUGGUCUGCAUCUCAGCCCCUUUGGAGCCCUUUUCCCCUAUCCGGGCCUCUGUACGCUAAGCACACGGAGAUGCAUGUUUUCCUUUUAAAAAGCUUUUCUUUGUAGCGUUAAGUAACACAGGGUGGGUUCUGACAGAUGCAUUUUCUCUUUUUUUUUUAAUUUAUUUUUGGCUGCGUUGGGUCUUUGUUGCCGCACGCGGGCUUUUCUCUAGUUGUGGCGAGCGGGGGCUACUCUUCGUCGCGGUGUGCGGGCUUCGUAUUGUGGUGGCUUCUCAUGUUGCAGAGCACGGGCCCUAGGUGUGCAGGCUUCAGUAGUUGUGGCUCACGGGCUCUAGAACGCAGGCUCAGUAGUUGUGGCGCACGGGCUUAGUUGCUCCACGGCACGUGGGAUCUUCCAGGACCAGGGCUCGAACCCGUGUCCCCUGCACUGGCAGGUGGAUUCUUAACCACUGCACCACCAGGGAAGUCCUGACAGAUACAUUUUCAAACCAGCCCUGAGACAUUAUUAUUCCUUAAGGGAAUCCGUGAGACUAGCUGAUAGGUUAAGAAGGUGUAAUUCCAGAUGACGCCAACUGUACAAGGGUAUAUCCCUGCUGAUGAGGUUUGAAAGAGGAUCUGGAAAGCUGUGAGCAUCCUUGUGAAAUGUUGUCAGGGUUAGUUUCUAGUUUACCUUUAUGUUGUCCUAUGGGUGGUGUCACUGAGCAAAGGCGCUUCCAGCCACCUUUUCCUCAACAAUUGCACUGGGUUGGGAUGCUGCGUGCUCCCUGGGCUCCCUGUGGGGAAGGGGGGGCUCCCUGUGGGGUGCCCUUGGACUGCACGUGUCCUCCACCCCCAGUGUGGACCUCGGACUGAGGGCUGGAGGCAGCAACAUCCUGGGGUUUCGGUGCAGCAAGGCUCGGCUUUAAGCUUCGUUCAAAAGUUCCUGUGAGUCAGUCGUGGGUCACCUCAGGGCACCGGUGCUUGGGUUGGUGAGAGCUGCUGUGUCCCCCCAGAGGCACGCACCCUGGCCUGGUGUUGGGGGCCCUCGAGGCUGACCGGUCUCCUGCAGCCUGUCUCCUUUGGCCACGCUCCUUUCCUCAGCUCCUGACUCCACUUAGGUUUUGCAGCUUCCGAUGGAUCAGGAGCUUUCAAAAUGCUCUCUAGAGGUGUUUAAAAAAAUAUGCUGGGUUGUAAGAAACCAGAAGAGCGGAGCUGUGUCCCCUGUGGGCACUGUGGCCCUUUCAGGUCCACGUUUAGGUGCAGUGGGGGUGAUGUGUGUGUGUCACAUCAGAACCAGGAGGGGACCAAGCUGUCCUGGCUCCUCCUCCCACUACACUGAAGUUUUCUCCCGGCCACAGAGCUGAUACAGGACAUCGGAAACCCAUUCGGUUUCCCUUAGUGACAGUUGUCUCUGGAAAAACAAAGGGCAUUUAGAAAGAAUACACAUGGGGCUGAGAACAGAAUUUAAUUUUAAGCUUCCAGUUGGUGAAGAGACCUUCUUUGCAGGGGCCUUAGUGGAACCUUGUCUGGCUUUGAGCCCUCUGGCCCUGGUUCCCCGAGGGUUGUGGUGGCCUUUGUAAGGCCACAUGGAGACAGCAUUUGGGGUAAGAGAGGCUCGAGGGCCUUCUUGAAGCUGGGUUGUAAAAGCCUUCGUGUCUCAGAGGGGAUGCUACCUGGGAGUCGGCAGUGUCUGAUUUUUGAACUUGUAUCAAAAUAGAGAGAAGCCAGGUUGUAACCUACUUCCAGUCUGGUCGUCAGGAUUUUAACAUUCUCGGAGAGAGCAGUGGGGGUGGUCCAGCCCUCCCUCUUCCUUUCCUGGUGAGGGGACCUUAGGGGGCCAGCACCCAUUUCUACACUGUGUCUAUCACGUUAAGACUCCCCUGGCCAGAGGACGGACUGGCAGUGGAGGAGCUGAGGGUCUACGUGAGUGUCUGAGGGCAGAGGUCGUGGAGAGCUGGGCCUCCUGAUCCUCCUGCCCCUCCCGGGGCGGAGCAGGCGCUUCCGGUGCUGCAGGGAUUCAAAUAGUUAUUUUCUGAAACUUAAAAAAAGUCCCUAUUAUGUGUUUGGUCAGAAGGCUGCUAGGAAUAUCAUGUAAUUAGUCAUUGUCUUUACAGUAAAGUAUAAGUAUCGCUAAGAAUUCAGCGUUUAGUUUGUAGGACUCAUUGUUGUAACUUCACAGAAUGUUCUGGGGAAGGCAUGUUACAUCUGUACGAGGCCAACUUUUGAUAUGUUUGAACGUUGUACUGUGUAAUCAUGGGAUAUCUGGAAACUAAAGCAGCACUGGAUAGCACCAACCAAAGGUGAAGUGCAAGUGAGCUAAGCGAGCAUCGUCCUGCAGAUGUCUCCUCUGUGUAAGCGGGCUGGUGCAUAAAGACGUGUGCAGUUUCCACUUAGUUGUCCAGCACGACAGGAGGACGCAGAUGGUUUAUACAGUGGUGUGGAGCUACCCCUCGGGGGUCACAGGCCUGUGAGGACUGUCCGAUUGUCCCUGGGGCAUGCUCUGGGGGGUGGGAUUGGCUGAGGCCAGGGAGAGGCAGGGUGAACACUGCUUUGGGACUUGGUGUUCCUGAGACACAGAGAGAAAACCCCACUGCAAAGUCCUAUGGCCCCUGGUGGGUGAGCACCCCCAGGGCGGCCUGUCUGCCUGGUGGGCAGGUGCAGCUGCCCAGAGGCCGAAUGUGGGUGCGCUUGUGCUGGUCCGCACCUCUGCAGGGGGUUGGCCAUGAAACAUACCUUCUGUCUUGGAGCAGUAGUUUUCUUUUCUGUUAGUGUGACUUGCCUAGGAAAUCAUUUGGAACUGUUUAUAUU